AUGGGAAAAGACCAUGCAAAAGAUACUCCUAAAGAGUUCAGAGGAAUCAAUGGCAAAGUAGAUGCAAUAUUGGACGUGAAUGCAAGGCUCCUUGGCAGGCCGGGCACCAUGCGAUACCUCCUGCUUUGUGCUGCCAUCCUCCUCCCCGAGAGUCUUGCUUUUCCAGCACAACUUCAACUACCAUCAUGGAGCAACAUAGACUUUGAGAACCUAAAGACAUAUCUUGAUAAAUUCUUUCCAAUGUUUACAAAAACACCAAGCCUUAGCUUAGAAGAGAGGAUUAAAGAAAUGCAGAGGUUUUUCCACCUGAAUGUAACUGGAAAUUUAACUGCAGAAACAGCAGAAAUAAUGAAAAGGGCCAGAUGCGGUCUCCCUGAUAUGACAGGUAACAAGGCACUUGCUGACAGUUCAAGAUGGGAAAAGACACGUUUGACUUACAGGAUUGUCACUUACACAACUGAUCUAACCCAAAAGCAAGUGGAUAAUGCAAUCGAAAGGGCUUUCAGGGUAUGGAGUGAUGUGACUCCACUGCAGUUCGAAAGAGUAUUCUUCGGAUUUGCAGACAUUAUGAUUGCAUUUGCAUAUUAUGCGCAUGGUGAUGGAAACCCUUUCGACGGAAGAGGCAACGUUCUAGCUCAUGCAUUUGGACCUGGAACCGGGCUUGGUGGAGAUGCUCAUUUUGAUGACUCUGAAAGGUGGUCAGAGACAAAUAGAGAAAUUAAUUUGUUCCUUGUUGCUGCUCAUGAAUUUGGCCAUUCUUUGGGACUUUCUCAUUCAGAUGACCCUACAGCUCUGAUGUACCCUAUCUACUCAUAUGUGGACCCAUCAACCUUCACACUUCCAGAGGAUGAUAGGCGAAGAAUUCAGAAUUUAUACGGGAAAAGGUCAUCAACCUUUUGAAGAAAGUGCUUCAAAACGACCAAAGAACUUACAUCUGGUUGUUUUGGUGUUCCCAAACAACUUUAAUCCUCUAGAUAAUUAAAAUGGUAAAUUCACGGAAUGCACCUUCUCUUCC